AUGAACUUGAGAAGAUUGGAGGUCCUUGGUUUGGCUAUAGGUUUAUUCCUCUCGGUACAGCUUUCGUACAUCCAUCCUGAUGAACAUUUUCAAAGCUUAGAAGUGCUCGCUUGGCGUUUUUUUGGCAUCAAUGGCGCAAUACCGUGGGAAUUCCAGUCUGAGACAGCCGCAAGAAGUUUUGUGCCCUUGCUUCUUAACUAUGGACCCUUGUUUUGCGUAUUCAAGGCCACUAAGGUCGAUAAUCCCCUGGUGAUCUUGAGGCUAGUCCGAAUUCAAAACUACUUGACCUUCAUUGCCACAAGUCGAUACGUUAUGAAAAGGCUCUAUGGUGCAUUCAGUGCGAAAUGGUGUAACUUUUUCAUUGCAACGUCUUAUAUUAGUGGCUGCUUCCAGAGCCACUCUUUCUCCAAUUCAUUCGAAACGAUCGUCCUGCUUAUAGUUCUGGCGCUGUACAAUGAAUUGUUACCUCAUGUGAGAGAUCACAAGACACAGGCCUACAAGAUCUCCUGCCUCCUGGGGUUUCUUAUCUCUUUGGGGUGCUUCAAUAGAAUCACGUUUCCGGCGUUUAUCCUUUUCCCUUCGUUGGUUGUUUUUUGGCGCUUCUUCAGAACUCAUCAAGGACCUCUGGCCUUGCUGCUCGUGUCCUCAACGGUUAGUAGCCUGGUCUUUAUUCUCAUAGACACGAGAAUGUAUCAAAGUAAUGGGCUUACCGUCGCGCCGCUAAGGAACUUGUUGUACAACUUCGAUGAGGCCAAUCUUGAAAAACACGGUUUGCAUCCCAGAUAUCACCAUAUUUUGGUCAAUCUACCGCAAAUGCUUGGUCCGGCUAUUCUUCUUACCAAUCCGAGGCGACACAACUUCAAAAAUAGCAGCAGAGGUUUGGUCAUAUCAGCGAUCGCCUCUGGUAUGCUAUUUCUCUCGAUUUUUAGACAUCAGGAGCUGCGAUUCCUUCUGCCUCUGGGGCCUCUGCUCUUUGCUUGUUUGAACCCAAAUGCUUCCAUCGCAUCAAUCAAUUCUGCUUUCAUAAUAAAGCUGUGGCUCGUCUUCAACGUAAUACUCGGCACGAUUUAUGGAGUGUACCAUCAGGGCGGCGUCUUAAAAGUGUUAGGCAGGUUCCAAGAGCAAAAGGCGGUUGGCGUGCAUGUAUGGUGGAAAACAUACUCUCCUCCGACCUGGAUGUACAUGAAUAAGGAACUUGUCGUCUCCACAACUAUGUUGGAGCAAGGAAUAGAAACUGUUGAUCAGAUUCCCUUUGAAGCAAUUAGCAAUCAUGUCAUCGAUCUCAAAGGUUGUGCCGACGGGCUUUUGAACUCCACUUUGCAUAGCUUCCUCGAGAACGGGGCGAAUGUGAAGCUUAUAGCACCUGACUCUUUAGCGGGACGCUUAGAUAGCCUGCAGCGCAGCGGCUCGCUGACGCUGACCCCAUCAGAUCGAAUAUCCGGUCAUUUGGAUUUAGAUCAUCUGGACAUUAGCGAUUUAUCAACUUUUCAGCCUGGGAUCUCGGUUUAUAGUGUAGAGCUUUCCAGAUAA